UCUUUUAUAGUUCCUCCAGAAGAGCCUCGCAUAUUCGAUGCCCAAGGUAAUGAAAUUGCCCAGGCAGGACCAUUUCGUGAGGGUUAUGAAAUGUUUUUAUGCUGUCAAGUUAAAGGAGGUCGUCCCCCACCCAAAGUCACCUGGUGGAUGGGUGAUACAGAAUUAAUCGGUACCAGUCAUACAUCUACCGAAGAAGGAGCCACCGUCAUUGUCAAUCAAUUACUGAUUGGCACAACGCCCAGAGAUUACUAUGGAGCAAAAAUUCAAUGUCGUGCUCAGGGCUCCAAGCUGAUAGAGCCGGUGACAAAGGAAGUUGCCUUGCAAGUCUAUUUGAAACCUUUAAAAGUGAAAAUUGUAACACCAAAUGAUUUGCUGACAGCAGGACAUCCAGUGCCAAUUAGAUGUGAGACAACGGGUUCACAUCCGCCAGCCAAAAUUACAUGGCUAUUGGAUGGUGAGCCAAUACGUAAUCCAGAGGUUACCAUCAGAGAGGACUCAAAUAAAACAACCAGCAUUCUGACAUUAAAGGUAACUUCGGAGAAUGAUAACGCCGAACUGACAUGUCGUGCAACGAAUUUACGUUUUUCUGGUGGCGCCAUUGAAGAUAAACGUAUCAUACGUGUAGCAUAUCCACCAACUGUUUCGGUCCACUUGGCCAAUGAAGAUCCAAGUCGCGUCGUCACCCGAGCUGAAGGACAAAAUGUUACAUUUAAAUGUCGUGCCGAUGCCAGGCCACCCGUAACAUCAUAUUCAUGGUUUAAAAAUGGCAUGCGUAUGUCUGGUGAAAGUUCCGAAAUAAUGCAUUUAACACAAUUGGAACGUGAAAGUGCAGGGGCAUAUGCCUGUGGUGCAACAAAUACGGAAGGUGAAACAAGAAGUUCCAGCAUAACACUGAGAGUACAAUAUUCACCCCGCUGUAAACCGGGCACCGAACAAACAUCCAUUGGCGCCAUAAAUAUGCACUCAAUACCGGUCAAAUGUGAAGUUGAUGCUGAUCCACCAGAUUCGGUGAAAUUUAGUUGGACCUAUAACAAUACAAGAAAUGUGUCACCCGUCUUGAAUUCGAGAAUACAAUCGAAUGGUCUGGUGAGCACGGUAACGUACCUGCCACAAACCGAUUCCGAACUAAUAACAUUGGCAUGUUGGGCGAGUAAUGCUGUGGGUCGUCAAACAACACCGUGUCUGGUGCAUAUAUUGCCAGCAAAUCCACCUGAGGCGCCCAGGUCAUGCGAACUCCGUAAUGACACCGUUUUGGAAGUGGUUUGUGUUGCCGGCAGUGAUGGUGGCCUGUCACAGUAUUUCGUACUGGAAGUUGUUGGCGGUGAUCCUUUGUUUGGGGGAAAUGAUGCAACCCGGAGUUUCAAUGAUGCAAAUCCAGGAGAAAAUGAAAUUUCCACUAUGAAUGAUCAGGCAACAUCGGCACCCAUCUUUCGUAUGCAAGAACCUAAUCCCCAGUUUCGUUUAAAUAACUUAGAACCCGGUCGUGAAUAUCAAUUUCUUGUCUAUGCUGUUAAUGCCAAAGGCCGUAGCGAUCCACCAGUGGUAAUCGAACGAGUUCGUGUGGCUGCCCAAUUGGGGCCAUAUGAUGAAUCCAUAUUGUCGGAGGAUCCAACACCUGCCGAAACAACGCAUCAUGUCAGCGGUAAUGGUGUUGCAGCCAGUGGUGCCGGUGCCAGUAUAGGCGGUGGGCCCGAAAAACAAUCAACACUAUUACUAUUGGCGGCCGUUGUGGCUAUUGGAGCGGUUAUUGUGACAUCAAUUAUUGUGGCCGGUAUUGUGGUCGUUUGUAAACAUCGGCCACGAGCACCUCAGCCACAGGAUGUACGAAAGAGUAUGAGACCCGCCCGCAGCGAUGUCCCAUCCAUGUACAUCGAGGAAGAAGAACUGAAUGACGAAGAGGCUGCCAUGGGCACAUCCCGGGCUGCUGAAAUACGAGCCCGCAUAGCACCAAUUAAUAUGAUGCCACGCUGCAGUACAAGUACAGCGAGCAGUCAGCAUCAUUAUAUCUCCGAAGGUUUCAUACAAUAUGCCCAGCCCAGUCUAAACGACCCCGAUCUGAUAUUGCCGCGAGGUGAAUUGGAAUUUACAACAUUGGAUCCAACGCUGAAAUAAUACCAACAUCAACAACAACACCACCACAGCCACAACCAUCAACA